CGCACAUUGUUCUUCAACUGAAAUUUCGACUCUCUAGCCGGCGAACAGUUGACUCGAAAUAGGCCAGAGAUCCGCCCCCAGCCGACCGCGAGUAGAGCUGCCAUCACUUCCAUAGGUAGACGCUAUCACCCCGUCCAACCCCGCCCUCCACCAGGCCCCCCUCCACCAGGCCCCGACAAGUCAACGUCGUGUCCCAACCCGCGAUGGCAAACGAACGCCCGAGUGUCCAUUGGCUUGGACUCAACGCCUUGGGACCUGGAAUGCUUCGUAACCGGAUCCAGACUGUCCUCUCCACUACAAACUUCCGGCAGCUGGAAAAGGUCGCGCUCGCCGCGCGCCUCCAGCAGGACAACAUAGCAGACCCUAGCAUAGUCUGCACCGUCAAUCCUUACAGAUUUACCAACGGCUUCAACAACGUCAUAUUCGAGCUCGAGUUCUCAGAUUCUGUUUAUUGGAUUGCGAGGAUACAGCACGUCUCCGUGGAUUUCUUUGAGGCUCAUGAAAAUGCCGCCGACCUGCUGAGCGAAAUUACGACCAUGAGGACAGUCAGAAAACGGACAAGCAUACCUGUCCCGGAAGUCUACACUUACGAUGUCUCACCGUCCAACGAGGUUGGGUACCCUUACCUUCUCAUGGAAUCCCUGCCAGGCCGAGUCCUUCAAGGGCCCAUUGCCUUGCAAGUCCCACCAGAACACACGCCAAAGGUGGCAAAGCAGCUGGCGGAAGUGAUGUUUCAACUCCAUGGGCUAGCGUUUGAUCGCCUGGGCAGGCUUUGGUCCGGCAACGAGGGCGAAGGCGAGCUCGAAAUUGUCCCUAUUGGGUUCGACAAUGCAACUUCACCCGACGCAGGUCCCAGAACUUCUCUCGAGUGGUUCUAUACCCACAGACAGCAGGCAAACAGACAGGCUCUCGAAAGCCACCCUGAGGACCCGGAGUGGUUGGCAGCUUGUUGGGUGCUGAAAACGGCAGUGCCCCACAUCAUCAUCGAAGCGCGCCUUCGUGGGCCGUUCCCCCUCUGUCAUCUCGAUUUACAUCAUGGAAAUCUUCUGUUUGACGAUGACUACAAUUUGACAGGGGUUAUCGAUUGGAGUCAGGCACAAACGGUUCCACUGGAACGCCUGGUUGUUUCCCCGGAGUUCGUUACGUUUCCGGCCGGUUCAGAAGAGAACAAUAAGAAAAUCAUUGGCUUUAAAGAACUCGUUCGGGAACACUUGCAGCACCUCGAGGAAGCAGGGCGGGACCCUAUACAAAGCUCAGAAGCCUCGCAACCUUUCCUCUCCCAGUUUUUCGGGUCCAGACAUGCUGAGAUUACCCAUCGGUGCACAUACAGCCGGCCGCACCGUGCUCUCUGGGAUGCCCGCUUAGUGGCCGCCUUGAUAUACGGUGAUCAGGUUUCAUGGACACAGCUCGUUAGUGUGUAUAGAGGAAUGGAAUUGUAUUAGAGCGGGGUGCCUACUGUGCCGAUGAUGUAUAGCCGCGAAGCACAAUCCUAUUCAUUCCUAG